AUGAGAGCAGUUGCCCCAGACAUUGAUAUACAGUUAUGUUCAGUAUUCGUAAACUCACUGGUACCCCAUCAUCAUAUUGAGUUCGAUAAAAAAGCCCAAAUGCACUCUCCAUCAUCAUCAAACAACAUGUUCACAGGAAAAUCCAAUGUGUGGGGGAACAGUCAGAUGACACGACUCUUUAUUCUGACACUUACAAUUGCAGGUCUGCAAUUCACCUGGGGCGUGGAAAUGAGUUAUGUCAAUGUCUACCUGUUAUCUUUGGGCAUGUCCAAGUCUACCAUCUCGUUAGUAUGGGCAAUGGGACCCCUCGCGGGCCUUGUGACACAACCUGUGGUAGGCUUGCUGUCAGACUCUUGCACAUCUCGAUAUGGAAGAAGGCGUCCGUUCAUGGUUGUGGGAUCGCUUUUCGUGUCUCUCUCGCUGGUGACUAUGGCAUGGGCCACGGAAUUAUCUCCCAUUCUCUUCUUUUUAAACAAGAGCAUUUCGACUCGCGUCAUUGCGGUUUUCUCUGUGUUCCUCACCGACUUUUCCAUUAACACUGUGCAAGCAUGUUGUAGAGCUCUCAUUGUGGAUAUCCUACCUGCUUCACUACAGCAAGCAGGUAACGGGUGGGCCGCUCGUCAAACAGCGGUAGGACAUCUGAUUGGCUAUUUUCUGGGAUUUCUCAACUUGGUUCAUAUUACCAACGGAUGGAUGGGAGACACUCAACUCAAGUGCUUGUGUGUUAUUUCUUCUGCAGCGCUGUUACUUACUGUGGGGAUAACAAGCAUGCUAACAAGAGAACAGGUUCUUGUCAAGACUGAGCAGCAUGAACCUGUGACGCUAAAGAGUGUAUUAAGUCACACAUGUGGAAUCUUCACCACCAUUUUCAAGACAGCUACCACUUUGCCUCCCAGAAUGAAGCGAAUUGUCUCUGUCCAAUUCUUCGCAUGGUACGGAUGGUUUUCGUUUUUGUACUAUUCAUCAACAUGGAUUGGAGAGGUGUACCAACGACAACAUGGCGGGGUCGAUGAAGAUGGUGAUAAGGUCGGAAAGGUAGGUAGAAUUGGAUCAAUGUCGUUGACGGUGUUCUCUGUCGUCUCUCUAAUUGCUUCCUUUGUCAUGCCAUUUCUGGCAACAAAUACUGUGUUCAGGUAUAAACCACGGCUGACGUCCAUUUGGACUGGCGCUCACAUUGUGUUUUCUCUAGCGAUGUUUUCCACGUUGUACGUUGGAUCUGUGGGCGCCGCGACUGCAGUCAUAGCCUCAUGUGGAUAUUCUUGGGCAAUCACAACUUGGGCUCCUUUCGCCUUGAUGGGCGAGGAGAUUCACAGGCUUGAAGGUACACCGCUCCCCAUAUCACAGGAGAUAAACGAAACAGACCAACUAGGUCCCAAUUCCAGUGCCACCUCCGACGCGAAGCAUACAGGAGUGUUCCUUGGUAUCCACAACAUUGCAAUCAGUGCACCCCAAUUCGUCUGCACGUUUGUGUCAUCGUUUGUGUUUUUCUUGCUCGAAGGAGAGGGGGAUGGAGGCCGUGCCAUUGCCGUCACGUUCCAGAUCGGAGGUGUCAUGACGCUGAUAGCCGCGUAUAUAUCGAGGGCUCUCUGA